AUGAAUGAUAAAAAGAAUAGCAUUAAUAAAAGCGGUAGACAUUCUUUUAAUCGGAAUUUAAAAAAAAAAAAUAUGUACAAAGAUAAUAACAAUGUCUAUAAUUAUUCUGAAGGUAAUAAGAAAAUAUUCAAAUAUAUGAAUGACCUUAAAUAUAGUGGUUAUAACAAUUUAAAUGAUGGACAUUCUGAUAAAAGCUCUAGUAACAAUAAACCGAGUCGAAAAAAGAAUCUUUUGAAAAAGAAAAGAAAUGAACAUUUUAAUAAAAAGAAAAUGAAUAGUACUAAUAGUGAUCAUCAUUAUGAUGACGAAGAUGAACAGGAUGACGAUGAUGAUGUAGAGGAAGACGAUGUUGAUGAUGAUGAUGAUGAUGAUGAUGAUGAAGAAGACGACGAUGAAGAUGACGACGAUGAAGAUGACGACGAUGAUGAUGAAGAUGAAGAUGAUGAUGAUGAAGAGGAUGAAGAGGAUGACAAUGAUGAUGCAGAGAAUGAUCCAUAUCGUCAUAAAAAUAAUAAUUUUCCUAUAAAUAAAAAAAAUAAUCAUAUAGAUGUUGAUGAUGGAGAUUAUAAGAAUUCUUAUUUUUAUAACGAUUUAGAUAAAUCUAAUAAAAAAAAUAAAGUGAAUUUAAAAAAUUAUAAUUCUGAUUAUUAUGAUAUAUAUUCAAAUAUAUAUUCAUAUUAUGAUAUAUUUACAGAAGAAAAAACUGAUAAGAAAAAGUUUAAAUAUUUCAAUGAUGUGUUUUCUAACUUUGAUAAAAAAUAUGAAAAUAAUAGUAAUGAAUAUAAUAAUGAUAAAUAUAAUUAUGAUGUGAAUAGUAAAAGAAAAGUACCAGAAAAAUAUUUACAACAACCCACUGUACGCACUUCAUCAACAAGAGAAAAAACAAAUACAUCUCCUCAUUAUUUAACACAAAAAAAGAAAAAUCUCUUGAGUAAAAGUUAUGGUAGAGAACAUAAUAUAAAUCAUGAACAAAAAAUAUCUUCUAAUAUAGAUGAAGAAAAUAUAUAUAAUGAAUAUUAUGAUGAUGCUAUUUAUAAUCAUAAAAGAAAUAUUCUUAAGAAAAGUGCCUCAGCAAAUAUGAUGGACAAUCAGAAUGUAAAGAAUAAUUAUAUUAAUAAAAAAAUUAAUAAAAAGAGAAACGAGAAUAAGAAUCACAAAGAUAUAAAUCAAAAUAUACAUCAAGAUGUGCAUAAGAAUAUCGAUGAGGAUGAAAAUGCUUAUGUUCAUAUUAAUUAUGAUGAAAAGGGAGAUAUACAUAAAACGAAUAAUGAUUAUCAUAAUAAUAUAUAUCACAAAAUAUAUGGUAACAAUAAUAAUUCUGAUCGUAAUAAUAAUCAAAAUUUUGAAAAUCACCAUAAUUAUAAUAAUAAUAAUAAUAAUAAUGUAAAAACAAGUGAUAACACUAAUAGUAAUCAAAAUUACUAUGCAAACGAAUUUAGUCAUGUCAAGGAAAACAAUUGUGAAUAUGCUGAUGUUAACGAAACAAGUAAUGUGUUUAACAAUUUGAGUGAUAAUUAUAUAAAAAAUAAGAAUAUAAGAAAACAAAAAAGAAAGAAAAAUAAGAAAAAAACAACUCUCUCUGACAAUGAAAAGGGGACUAGUGAUAUAAGUAGUAGCCACAAUAAAAAAAUAAACAAUAGUAUGAAUAAUAUGGAUAAUAUGAAAAGGAUUCAUAGUAUGAAUAAUAUGAAUAAUACAAAUAAUAUGAAUAAUUUACAAAGUGAAGAUUUAAAUAACGAUUCUAUGAAUCAGCAAGAUUAUGAUAAAAAAUAUACUACAUAUUCAAAAGAUAAAUCAGAAAGCAACAUUAGUCUUGAUAGUUCAUGCUCUUUCGAAUGGGAUGCACAUUUAGAAAAAGAGAAAAUUAAUGAUGGUAUGCAAAAAAAUAUAAAGUUUUUAAAAAAUCCAACGAAAAAAAGAAUGUACAAAUUAAAAAAAAUUGUAGAAAUAUUAGAAUAUACAAUAUAUAAUGAAGAAAAACAAGGAUCCAAAUUAGAAGGGAAAUUAUACGACUAUGUUGUACUUACAAAAAAUUUAAAAGAAAAAAUUAUAAAUUUAGAAAAUAUAAAUACUAAUAAUAAAAAUAAAAUGCAAUCAUAUGAAAAAGAUAUAUCCAAAUUAAAAGAACAAAACGAAGAAAUGAAAUUAACCUUAUCAACCUUUGAAAAUGAAUUAAGUAAUUUAAUUAAUAAAUUUGACAAAAACUUUGCGAAAGAAUUAAUUGAUACGAAAUCACAAAAUGAUGUAUUAAAAAAAGAAGUCGAAAGAUUGAAAGGUGAAAUAGAAAAAAAAAAUUCUGAAAUAAAAAAAUUUGAAAACUUGAAUGAUUUAUCUAAAAAGUUACAGAAUGAAUAUAUGGAUCAUGCUGUUCCUUGUGAUGUAACAACACCAAAUGUAGAAAACAAGACAGAUUCGAAUCUUGAAAAUAAUCAGAAUGUUCCAUUAAGUAAUAAUAAUAUUUCUACUUCAUUUAAUGGGGUCUAUAAGGAGAAUGCAACUGAAGUGACUAAUAUGAAUAAUACAUGUAAUAAUAAUAAUAAUAAUAAUAGUAAUAAUUACAUUUGUGAUAAUUCUUAUCAUGACGUAAAGACAAAGAAUUAUACGAAUUACACAGAACAAGAUAUUUUUUUAAAUGAACUUCCAUUUCAAUAUGGAUGUAGUGAUUCCAUUGAAUAUAAUAUUGUGGAUGAAUUUAUAUUAAAAAUAAAAAGUUCUAGAAUGACAUACGAUAAGAAUAUCGAAAAAUAUGAUGAUCAAACGAAAUCUGUAAUUUAUGGUUCCUAUCUUUCUACUUUUAUUUUAGAAAAUGAAGAUAUAUGUAAUCAUAAAAAGAUUUUAAAACUUUUACAAGAGUUUUGUCUUGUAGAAUCGAAGUUUUUACAUAUUCAUUUAUGUUUAAAAAAAGAAAGAUGUGAUAAUAUAUCACAAAAAAUCUUAGAAAAGGAAGUCAUAAGACAAUUAGAAAAUAAUGAAUUUGAUAAGAAUAAAGAAAGAAUAUCUGUUAUUAAUCCAGUUAUUUUAUUAUUAAUAUUUAAAAAUAUGAAUAUAAUAAAUUUAUAUAAAAUAUUUAUAUCAUGUUUAAAAUGUGAUAAUUAUAGAUGGUUAAGAAUUAUAAAGAAAUCCUUAUUUAUAAAAUUUUUUGAUUGUAGCUUGUUCGAUACUAAAAUCAAAAUAACAGAUGGUUCUUUUGUUAGGGAGAUUAAAUUGAUUAACCUGUUGCUUAAUGGUAAUGUACCAGAAGAAUAUAAAUUUUGUGAAAAUAUGAACAAUAAUAAUAAUAAUAAUAAUAAUAAUAAUAAUAGGGAGCAUUGUAUUAAUAGUUGUGUUGCUAAGCAACCAUUAAAUUUAGAUCAAUUGAAGAUGGUAAAUUACAAAAUGAAACAUCCAAUAUUUUAUUGUUCAAAUGAACAAUUAAAACGAUUUGUUUAUAGAAUGUAUUUGAAUUUUAGUAAAGAACCUAUAAAUGUAUUUAAUGGAGACAAUAUAUAUCAUUAUGUAUUACAAAAGAAAAAUUUGGAUGUUUUAAAGAUAUUAAAAUUAUCUGGAAAACAUUAUAAUUAUAUAUUUGAAAAAAACAAUAUAAAUAAAACACCUUUAGAUUAUAUAGAAAAUGAAGAUAUACGAGUAGAUUUAAUAUCUGGUUAUAUAUUAGAUAUCGCUGGUAAAGGAGCUGAGAAUUAUAAGAAUUCAAAUUAUAAUAUAGCAUAUGAUUUAUAUACGGAAGCAUUAGAAAAACAAAUAAAAUUAUCUGAAUCGGUUAAAGUAGGCAAAUCAAUGAAUGAGAAUAUAGGUAAAUUAUAUUAUAAUAGAGCAAGGACAUUAAUGCAUCUUAAUAAAUGGAUGGAUGUUAUUGAAAAUUGUAAUAAUUGUUUAAAAUAUAUACCUAAAUAUGUUAAUGCAUUUGAUACACAAAUACAAGCAUAUGAAUAUUUACUUGAAUAUGAUAAUGCAUUGUUGAUUUAUAAAAAUAUGUGUUUAAAAUGUAAUAUAAAACCUGAUGAAAAAGAAGAAAAAUUAAAAGCUCAAAUAAAUGCUACAUCCUUUCAAGUUUUAAAUAUUAAUAAAAAUUCUUCCAUAUCGGAAAUUAAACAAGCCUUUUCAAAUUUAUCAAAGAAAUGGCAUCCUGAUAAAUUAGGUAUACAUAUAAGUCCAGAUAUUAAAAAAAGACAUAAUAAUCAUUUUAAGAGAUUGUUUAAGGCGAAACAAAUGUUACUUAACGAGGUAGAUCGUAUUAAAGAAAAGAAAAAGAAGGAAACUAAUUAUAUAUAUCCUCAAAUUAUAGAGGAUAUAAAUAUUAAUAAAAAUAACAAUAAUAAUAAUAAUAUAAACCAAACAAACACAAACACAAACACAAAAAAUAAAACAACUGAUACAAAUUUUAAACAUGUCAACAAUAAUAAUAAUAAUAAUAAUAAUAAUAGUAAUAUGGUUUAUAACACCAGAACUAAUAAUCAUUAUUAUUAUAAUGUACAACCCAACAAAUCUAACCUCAAUUGUAAUCAAAAUAAUAAUAAAUGUACAUCCUUUGAAAAAGAUAAACAUUUUAAUUGUGAUCAACAUGAUGAGAAGACAUAUAAAUAUGAACCUAAAAAAAAUGCAAACCAUUUUAUGCAAUCAAAUGAAAAUAAUAUAUAUAAUAAUUCAGCUAACCAUAUAAAUAAAAAUGUUAAUAAUGAUAAUAGCAAUCUUCCCAAUUCUAAUAAUAUAACAAAUAAUGUGUUUUCCACGUAUAAAGAUGAUAUAGAUAAAUUUCAAGGUAAAUUAAAAAGUUAUAACAACAUAAACAAUAAUAAUAAUAUUUACAAUAAUAAUAAUAUUUACAAUAAUAAUAAUAAUAUUUACAAUAAUAAUAAUAUUUACAAUAAUAAUAAUAGUUACAAUAAUAAUAAUAUUUACAAUAAUAAUAAUAUUUACAAUAAUAAUAAUAGUUACAAUAACAAUGUUGAAGAUAGUAACAAACAUUUAGAUAAUAAACUUUCCAACUUAAAUAAUGAUAAAGUCGAUGAAAGCUUUUAUAAAAAAUUAAAAGAAGAAUAUGAAGUUCUAAGUUAUGAAGAAUUAAUGAAUCUUAAAACAAAAACAUUUAAUUCUAUAAAUAAUUUAAUAUUAACAGAAGUUAAUUUAAAAAGAGAAUAUCAAGAAUUAUGUAAUAAAGAAAAAAAUAAUGUUAUUAUGAAUGCAAGGUUAUGUAUUCUUCAAGAAAUUCAAAAAGCAUUAUGUGUUAGAUUAGAUAAGGAAAGGAAAUUGAAAGUAAUAGAAAGUAUUCUUAAAAAUAGACAACAAGAUCAAUCAUCCAUUUAUUCAUCAAGAAAUAAUCAUUUAAAUAAUAGUAAUAAUAAUGAUAACCAUUUUGUUAAAGCUAAUAUAGAUGAAUCUCAUGUACACACAAAUAAAUCUGAUGAAAUGAAUCUACAGGCGGAUCGCUUAAAUCAACAAAAUAAUAACGCUUUCAACAAAAACAAAAGUACUACAACAAAUGAAUUCAGUGAACAUAUUUUUAACGAUCAAAAAGAGGAUGUACCUUUAAGUAGUAACAUGGAUAGUAAUAAAGGAAAUACUUAUGUAGAUGAGGAACCAAGUAAUUCAACCAAAAAUAAUAGAAAUGACAACAUUAGCAAUAAAAAUGUUAAUAAAAAGGAUAUUCAAAAUGUUAACCAAAAUAAUAAUAUUGUGGGAUCAGAUCAAGGUGAUGAUAUCUUUUUUAAAAAUAAUAAUAACAAUUUUGAUGAAGGACAAGACAUACAAAAUGUACAUCAUAAUGUAUAUAAUAAUACACAUAAUGAUCAUAAUAAAAAAGAAUAUGAAGAAGAAUCAAGUAGCUUCAAUAAUAUACAACACGAUAAUACUAUGAAAAGUCCUGUCGACAAACAUAUGGAUCAUAAUAAUGUCCCUAUAAAUGAAUGGCCUGGAGAUGUACAUGAAAAGGAAUUAAAUAAUAAUAUAUUUGUUAAUAAAAUAAAAAAUAAUAAUGAUGUACAAUCUUAUAAAGGUAUAAAUAACAAAACCAUUUUUUUAGAAGAAAAUAAUGAUGAAACGUAUAAUCAAGAAAUUGAAAAAGAAAAAAAUUAUACGGUAAAUAAAGAAUAUCUGAAACGAAAUGAGAAUCACAAUAAUAUAGAAGAAGAAGAAGAAGAGGGUUUUAUUCAUUUAAGUAAUAUUAAAGGAAGCACAACAAAUAGUAAUGUAAUGAAAAUGGGUAGUAAUUUAAAUACAUCUAAUAAUAUGAAUAUUUUUUAUAAUCAACAUAAUGAAGAAGAACAUGAAAAGGAACAAGAAAGGGAACAAGAAAGGGAACAAGAAAGGGAACACCAAAGUGAAAAAGUAGGAGAAAAAAACAAAAGUGAUGAUUUAUUUAAAACACCCCCAUCAUCCUCUUUUAGAAAAAGCAAUACAAUAAAUGAAAAGAGUAUGAACGAGAUGAAUACAUAUUUGUUUAAUAGUAAUCAUUAUAAUGAUAAUUAUGAAAAUAUAAAGGAUAAUAUAAAGGAUAAUAUAAAGGAUAAUACAAAUGAUAAUAUAAAGGAUAAUACAAAUGAUUAUACGAAUGAUAAUAUAAAUAAUACAUUUAGUCCAUCUGAUUCACCAACAAAAGGAGAGUAUAAUUAUGAUAAAUAUCUAAAAAAUGAAGUUAUCAAUAAUAUUCCUAUUAUUAAUAAUGAAAACAUUUUUAACAAUAAAUUUAAUACAAAGGAUCAUUCUAAUAAUAUCCAUUUGGAUAAUUCAUUUAAAGAAAAUUUUCAUAAUUUAAAAAAAAAAAAUAAUGAAGAAGAACAUGUAAAUAAUGAUAACGAAAAUAUUAAUAGUAAUAUAAGAAAUGUACAUUAUGAUUAUACAAAAUCAUUUAUCAAUAUGAAUAGUAAUGAAUAUAAUUAUGAUGAACAACAUAAUUAUGAAUAUCAUAUGCAUGAUAAAAAUAAUUCGUUUCCUAAUCAAAAUAAAAAGAAUACAUAUCAUUUUAAUAAAAAAGAUGAACAAUUUAAAAAUAAUGAUAUGAUAAAUUUUAAUGAAGAAGAAAAUAAUAAAAUUUUUAAUAAUAAAAAUCAUAUUCAUAAUCAAGAAGAUAGUCAAGAUGAUUUCUUAUCUUCUUCUAGAAUGAACAACAGUAACUUUUUGAAGAAUAAUAAAAAUACAGACAAAAAUAAAUAUAAUAAUAAUAAUAAUAAUAAUAAUAAUAAUAAUAAUAAUAAUAAUAAUAAUAAAAAUAAUAAUAAUAUAUUUUAUAGAGAUACAAAUAAUAAUUUUUCUUCUAAUCAUUUAAAUUAUAAUUUUACAGAGAAUAAAAUAAAAAAUAAUGUGAACAUCUCAAAUGUUAUGUAUUCAAAUGAUAACCAAAAAGUAAUUAUUAAUAAUGACAACUUUUUAAAUUUAUAUAAAGAAAAUAGUACUAAUAACAAAAUGAUGAAUAAUAAUUUAGAAUCUAAUUUUACGAAUGACAUUGAUAGGUCUUCACCAUCUUUAAUAAACGAUAAUAAAGUAAGUGACCAAAAAAAAUCAAUGUUCUAUAUAAAAGAAGAAAAAAAUAAUAAGCAAUCAUAUGCAACAUAUGAUAAUAAUAAUAAUGAUGAUGAUAAUAAUAAUGAUGAUGAUAAUAAUAAUGAUGAUGAUAAUAAUAAUGAUGAUGAUAAUAAUAAUGAUGAUAAUAAUAAUGAUGAUGAUAAUAAUAAUGAUGAUGAUAAUAAUGAUGAUGAUAAUAAUAAUAAUGAUGAUGAUAAUAAUGAUGAUGAUGAUAAUAAUGAUGAUGAUAAUAAUAAAAACCUACAGGAACAACAUUAUAUAAAUAAGGAAAUGACUUCAAAUUCAGAACAACAAUAUGAUAAUAAUAAUUAUGACGAUGCUAACAAUAAUAAUAAUAAUAAUAAUAAUUUUCGACAGUCCUUCUCAUUAAAUAAUAUACAUUCUAAUCAUAUUUUUAAUAAUGAUGAUCAAUCCUUUACAUAUGAUGAUGGAGAUUAUUAUAAUUUAAAAACAUCAACUUAUGCAUAUGAAAAUAAUAAACUUAGAAGUUUUUCUAUCUUUCCAAAUGACAAUGAACAAAUCAAAAGUGACAUUUAUUCAAACGAUCGAAAUACCUCAUUUAAUAAUUUAGAUAAUGAUAUUAAUGUUCAACCAAAAACAAAUUACUCCUUUAAUGAUAAUAUGGAAAAAAACAUGUAUCAAAAAAUAAAUUCACAAAAUAAAAUAUUCAGUACAUAUGAACAAAAUCAAAAUACCGAUAAAAUAAAUGAUUUCCCUGAAGAUAAUAAAAAAAAACAAACACAAGAUAUUUUACAACCAAAAAAAGGAUUUAAGAAAUUCUUUAGUUCUGAUGAUAAGAAAAAAUUAAUUGAUCAAAAUAAUAAAAAAAAUAAACUUAAAAAAAAAGGAUAA